AUGAAUGCGUGGUCGGGGGAAGAUGGUGACGUUAUGGGCCCCACAGUCACACGGGCAGGCAGUGCUAAGCCCAAUACUCCUCCGUUAAAGAACGGCAAUGACUUGAGAGAGUCUGGCUACCUGAUCGCCGUCGGCUCCAGAACUUCCAGGUUCAGAAGAAAAUAUCGAAAGAGAAUGCCAGUGAUAAUCAUUAUUGUCAUAUUUAUUCUAAUACUAAUAGCUUUCAUUGUGAUAUCAAUUUUAUAUGCGCUAGCAGUACACAGAAAACCCAUAAAGCUAUGCGAGAGUACUGAAUGUCUACGUUCAGCUGUUAACCUCGCCCUCUCCAUGGAUACCAGUGCUAAUCCAUGUGACAAUUUUUACCAGUACGCUUGCGGUAAUUGGGCCUCCGACCACCCCAGACCUGAUGCCUACCAAUCAUACGACUGGUUCCAAGACAAGCAGAUCAAGGUGUACUUCCUGGUGAGAGACUUCCUCAAUAGAAACACCAGCCACCAGCCCAAGGCAGUUCAGCAGGCCAAGGAUAUGUACAAUGGAUGUAUGGAUACGGACACAUUGGACAAACGAGGAUUAAAACCAGUGAUAGCUAUACUGGAAACGCUUGGUUUACCUCCCUACCCCACUUAUAUCAAUGCGACAGAUGAUGUCGACUACUCUACUUACGCCUUCGAUUGGCUGGACACUGUCAUUAAAGUGAAGACACAGAUCGGUAUGGACGUCCUCAUAGGCUUCGACAUCUUUACCGACCUCAAGAAUUCCACUAUCUUCAAACUUAUGAUGGGAUCGCCGGAAGCUACUAAUCCUUUUCCAAGCACUUAUAGAGAUAGAAAACGUCAUGGCAAAAGAACACUAAAGGAUCUUGUUAACUUCAUAGAAAAAACUUCAACAAGAGACCUCAUACACAAGAUUGAACGUCGAAGUGACAAAUCUGAAGACUUAGACGAGAAAAUAGCUCAAAUACAUAAAUUAUUCUACGCUGAGCUCAUGAAAUUAUUCGUUGUAGAAGGUGGUGGAACUAAAAAUUCUAAACUGACAGAAGUUGAACUAGACGAGAAUAUAAUUGAAGCAGCUAAUGAAUAUUUCGAAGCAUACAGUGAUAUUUAUGAGUUAGAAUCAAGUAACUCUACAGAAAUGGAUGAUGACGAUGACCUGAACAUACCAGAAUACACAGUGGAUGAAAUACAAGCACACACAGAUGCAGUCGUUGAAAACAAUAAUGGUACUGCAACACCGAUAUGGAAGAAGUACUUGGAAGGAAUAUUCAACGUCAGCAAUACGGUACUGGACUUUGAAAAGGACAAGAUUCUCGUAUCUGAUGAGGAUUUGAAGUACAUGUCGCUGAUGGCCGCUUAUGUGGCCAAGACUCCACCUGUUGUGUUAGAACUUUACAUCUGGGUAAAGGUGGUAGAAGUAAUGUCAGUUCACACGACCACAGAGCUGCGCACUUUAUUCCAAAGAGCGUACGACCAAACUCAUGGCCACAAGUCUAUAACUCCACGCAGCGUACAGUGCGCCAAUGCUGUCAACGAUAUGUUAGGCAUGGCUGUGUCCUACGGUAUUGCAGAUCCGCAUUUCUUCAAUGUCACAAAACCGAAGAUAAUAACAAUGAUUGAUGAACUAAAAGAUUCAUUAGCUCACCUCGUCGGCCAAGCAAGAUGGAUGGAUGAUAAUACAAAGAUAGCAACGUACCAGAAAAUCAUCGAAAUGAAAUCUCUCGUAGGAUUCCCAGACUGGCUUCUGGAAGAAGGAAGACUUGAAGAAUAUUAUGAAGGAAUAGACAUUGACGCUGAGAAACAUUUAGAGAACAUAAUCAAUAUAAAUCAAGUAAAAACUAAGAAAGUUUUAAAUAUGUUUAGGGAACCCAACAAUAUUACUUGGGCCACUGAUCCUACAGAAGUUAACGCGUAUCAUACAUUUCGGGAAAAUACUAUAACUGUUCCUAUGGUGAUGUUGCAGCAUCCUUUUUUCGAUUUAGGACUUGACUCACUUAACUACGGCUCCCUGGGAACGGUUCUUGGGCAUGAAAUAACGCAUGGCUUCGAUAGCGUUGGCCGUCAUUUCGAUAAAAACGGCAACAUGUUACCGUGGUGGUCCAACAGCACCAUUGACUCGUUCGUCAAUAUGACACGCUGCUUCAUCGACCAGUAUUCCGAAUAUUAUCUGCCAGAGCUAGACAAACAUGUAGACGGUAAAAACACACUGGCAGAAAAUAUUGCUGACAACGGAGGAUUGAGGGAAGCUUUAGCAGCUCUGAAGCAUCAUCUCCGGAAACGAGAACCGGAGCCCAAGCUACCAGGCUUCGAACAUAUGACUCCUGAACAACUAUUCUUCUUGUCUUAUGGGAAUCUGUGGUGUGGAGUUUCCACGAAGGAUGCUCUAAAGUCUGACCUGGAGGAUGCGCACACUCCUCAUCUGUUCCGAGCUCAGGGAGUUCUGCAGAACAACGAGGACUUUGCCAAAGCUUUCCAUUGCCGACCAGGAUCCAAUAUGAACCCGGGAAAACGAUGUAUCAUAUUUUGA